UAUAAAAGCAAACGCGCGAUGAAUUUUAUUGACUGACUUUUAAAUAAUGGUGUGGUGCUAGCACGGGGAAGAAAAAAAAAUGAGUUGCGACAACGACGUGUCUCCGGGAAGCAGUCCUCCGGUGAACGUGGUGUUCGAGGCCUCGACGCAGACCCCCACAAACGAGGAGUGCGAGUCGCCGCUGUUCACCCCCAAGGGGUAUUGCCUCAAGACGGUGGAGCAUUGCAGUUUUGCGCUGAGUAAUAUCCAAAAAAUGAAACAGCAAGGACAGCUCUGUGACAUAACGUUAAAAAUAGGCUUAGAGCGAUUUAGCGCCCAUAAGGUGGUCUUAGCCUCAGUUAGUCCCUACUUUUUCGCCAUGUUCAACGGCGACAUGAAAGAGCAACACCAGAGCGAAAUCACAAUCCACGACCUCGACCCCACCGCCAUCGACCUCCUCAUCGAGUACUCCUACACGGGCCAAAUCCUCAUCACCCCCGACAACGUCCAAGUCCUCCUCCCGGCCAGCAGCGUCCUGCAAAUGCAAGAAGUCCGCGAAGCCUGCUGCAAAUUCCUGCUACGGCAACUCCAUCCCACAAACUGUCUCGGAAUCAGGAGUUUCGCAGACACGCAUUGUUGCAAAGAGUUGCAUCUCAAGUCGCACGUCUACGCCUUGCAGAACUUCCAGCAGGUGGUGGCCACCGAGGAGUUUCUCUUACUACCGUUUGAAGAAGUUAAAGAGUUGAUUUCAAACAGCCACUUGAAUAUUUCCUCAGAGGAGGAUGUCUUCACAGCGGUUUUGAAUUGGGUGAAGCAUGAUUUGGCCGAGAGAAGUCGGUAUAUCUCGCAGUUAAUGGUCCACGUGCGUCUCCCCUUGGUCAACCGCGAGUUUCUUAUGACACGUGUGGACAACGAACGCCUCAUCCGCGACGACAGCGACUGCCGUGAGCUCCUCCUCGAAGCCAUGCGCUACCAUUUAGCCCCCGAGCGUCGCUGUGCCUUAUCGACCUCUCGCACCAUCGAACGCAAACCCAAAGGCGCCGACCCCUACCUCUUCGCCGUCGGUGGCGGUUCCCUCUUCGCUAUCCACUCCGAAUGCGAGGUCUACAACCCAAAAAACGACUCUUGGUCCGUCAUCGCCCCCAUGUUGUGGCGCCGCUCCCGUUCGGGAGUCACCGGCCUGCGGCGUCUCCUCUACGUCGUCGGUGGCUACGACGGCAACUCGGACCUCGCCACCGCCGAGUGCUACAACCCCUUGGUCAAUUCCUGGACGUCCAUCACCCCCAUGGGGACCAAACGAUCGUGUCUGGGCAUUUGCUCGUUCGAUGGUUUGAUUUACGUGUGUGGGGGCUACGAUGGGGCUUCCUGUUUGAGUUCCAUGGAACGGUACGACCCCUUGACGGGGAUUUGGUGUAGUUGUCCAGCGAUGAACACCAGGAGGCGGUAUUGUCGGAUUGCAGUGGUGGAGAAUUGUAUCUAUGCCUUAGGGGGGUUCGAUUCUACGAAUUAUCAAGCGUCGGUGGAGAGGUUUGAUCCGAGGGAGGGGACAUGGGCGCCUAUCCCCUCCAUGUCGAGUAGGAGGAGCAGCUGUGGAGUGGUGGCCUAUGACGGGCAUUUGUACUGCAUUGGGGGGAACGACGGGACGAUGUGUAUGUCGAGUGGGGAGAAGUUUAAUGUGAGGAGAAAUGCCUGGGAGCCAAUCGCUGCGAUGCAUAAUCGGAGGUCCACUCAUGAAAUUGUCGCAAUGGACGGCUUCAUCUACGCCCUGGGGGGCAACGACGGCUCUUCAAGCCUCAAUUCUGUCGAAAAAUACGACCCGAAAUUGAACAAAUGGACUGUGGUUGCGUCCAUGUCCAUUCGCCGAAGUUCCGUGGGGGGCGCUGUCCUCGACUGUAUUAAUCUAGAAUACGUUUUAAAGCAAACAAUGAGUUGAAACAACUCCAAGGUACAAAAAUUCUUUCCGUGCAAUUAUACGACGUUCUGUGAUAACGAAAAGAACCAAAAAUUGUUUCAGGCAAAUUUAUAUAUUUAUAUGACACGGUACGUGUCCAAUUUCCGGUUAUUUAAGCUUUUAAAUGUGUGAAAUAACCGAAAUAGAGGAUUUGAUUUUGAAAUUGGCGCCGUUGAAAAGUGGCGCCAAAUUUGAAUUUUUCUAUUAGAAUUAUGCAACGAUGUAGUUUAUUGUGCACAGAUUUACUGUUUGAGUUUUUCUAUCUAUCUCUGGGAAAACAAACGAAGCGCAGCUUGGCCUAGCUUGAUUUAAACACUGCCAUUGUUGUGUAGCUUGAUGUCAGAAAUA